AGCGAGAGCAGUCGGUAGUCCUUGGUAACAACUGAAAAAGUCCCCGCUUAGAAACCAGCGAUCUGAUAAACAACAUAAAUUGAUCCAAUUUCGCCGAGUUAAUCAAUUAUACUAGUGUGUGCCAUCCGCGAGGUUGAAGUUUAAGAGUUCUUUAGGUUUCAGUGAUCGGCAAAAGAAGAUGUUGCUUUCCAAGCAGUUGAUUUGCAAAAGUGCAUCGGCGAGAGCCAACCUUUACACGCCGAUUGCGUGCUUCGCCAGCGCGGCAGCGCCUUCAACUCCCGCCAACAGAGCCUUCCGCCAGAUCAUCCAAACCCAGCUGGACGACAUCCAGCAGGCCGGCACGUACAAGAAGGAGCGCGUGAUCGUGUCCCCGCAGGCAACGGCCAUCAACGUGGAGGGCUCCCAGGGCAAGAUUUUAAAUUUUUGCGCCAACAAUUACCUGGGAUUGGCUUCCAACGAAGAGGUGGUCAAGUUUAGCAAGAACGCCCUCGACGAGUACGGGGCCGGGUUGAGUUCGGUUCGGUUCAUCUGCGGAACGCAGGACAUCCACAAACAGCUGGAGCGGAAGCUGUCCGAGUUUCACCAGCGCGAGGACACCAUUCUGUACGCGUCCUGUUUCGAUGCCAAUGCCGGGAUCUUCGAGGCCGCUCUGACUCCGGAGGACGCCGUGUUUUCGGAUGAACUGAACCAUGCAUCGAUCAUCGACGGAAUCAGGCUGUGCAAGGCCAAGAAGGCACGCUAUCUGCAUCGGGAUAUGAAAGAUUUGGAGGAGAAGCUCGCAUCGACGGAUGCUCGCGUCAAAAUGAUCGUGACCGACGGUGUGUUCUCGAUGGACGGCAAUGUGGCACCGCUUCCGGAAAUCUUCGGGCUGGCAGACAAGUAUAACGCUCUCACGUUCGUUGACGAUUGUCACGCGACGGGCUUCUUCGGACCGACGGGUCGUGGCACGGAAGAGUUUUACGGGAUGCUGGGUCGUUGCGACAUCAUCAACUCAACUCUGGGAAAAGCCCUCGGAGGCGCGGCCGGUGGCUACACCACGGGACCCCGGGAACUCAUUGACCUCCUCAGACAAAAAUCCCGUCCCUACCUGUUUUCCAACUCUCUGCCGCCGCCAGUGGUGGCCAGCGCCGCCAAGGUCAUCGAUAUGCUCAUGAGCUCCAACCAGCUGACGGCCCGUGUCCAGAGCAACACGAAACGCUUCCGAAUUGCCAUGACCAAGGCCGGCUUCAAGAUCGCCGGCAUGGAUCAUCCGAUCAGUCCGGUCAUGCUGGGAGACGCGAAGCUUGCGUCGGUUUUCGCAGAUGAAAUGUUGAAGCGUGGCAUCUACGUUAUUGGGUUCAGCUAUCCUGUGGUUCCCAAGGGAAAGGCUCGGAUUCGGGUUCAGCUGUCGGCGGCGCACACCGAGGAGGAGAUUGACCGGGCUGUGGCUGCGUUCGUCGAGGUGGGGAAGCAGCUGAGAGUGGUGGCUUGAAGAAGUAUAGCGGGGGUGUGUAAGGAGGCAAAUAAAAGACAAAUCAUCUGUUUGAUU